AUGGUUGUCGUCAAGGAGAUGUCCAUACUACACCUAUACUUUGGGACCAGCAUAUGGAUCUACAAAGAAGAAUCAAAGCAGCUCUUAUGA